UUCAGGCGGACACAUCUUCAGGUGGGUUUACCUUCUCACACCAGCGGACUUCAGGUAUCAGGAUGUCUAAGGUCAGCGCCGAGGAGAUGGAGGAGAUCAGGCAGGGCUUCCUGAAAGUUGAUGUGGAUGGUAAUGGUUUCAUCUGUGCCACUGAACUGGGGAAUCUCUUCCGGGAGGUGGGCUGUCCAUUGCCUGGAUACCAGAUCCGGGAGCUCCUCCAGAAACUGGACCGGGACAAAGACAGCCGUAUCAACUUUGACGAGUUCACGGCUAUCUUUCAGGAGCUGAAGGAUGACCGGAUGGCUCAGGGUUUCAAGAAGGCUCUCAACAAGAAAGAAGGCAUUGUAGCCAUCGGAGGCACCAGUGAGAUCUCCAGUGAGGGAACCCAACACUCAAUCUCUGAGCAGGAGCGCUUUGCCUUCGCCAACUACAUCAACACAGCCCUUGAGAAGGAUCCAGACUGUAAACAUGUUCUGCCCAUCAACCCCAGCACCGGAGCUCUGUUCAAAGCCGUGGCAGAUGGCGUCGUGCUGUGCAAACUGAUCAACCUGUCUGUUCCUGACACCAUUGAUGAGAGAACCAUCAAUAAAAAGAAACUCACUGCUUUCACCACGCAGGAGAAUCUAAACUUGGCUCUGAACUCAGCUUCAGCGAUCGGGUGCCAGGUGGUGAACAUCGGAGCCCAGGACCUGAAGGAGGGGAAACCUCACCUGGUGCUGGGUCUGCUCUGGCAGAUCAUCAAGAUCGGACUGUUUGCUGAUAUUAAGCUGAGCCGCAAUGAAGCUCUUGCAGCACUACUUGAGGAGGGAGAGAGUCUGGAAGCGUUGAUGAAGCUCAGUCCUGAAGAGCUGCUGCUCCGUUGGGUCAAUUUCCACCUGAAGAAAACUGGCAUGACCAUCUCCAACUUUUCUGGGGACAUUAAGGACUCCAAGGCCUACUUCCACCUGCUGGAGCAGAUUGCUCCCGACGGCAGCAAAGAGGACGUUCCUCGGAUUGAGAUCGACAUGACUGGCUUAUACGAGAAGGAUCUCAAAAAGAGAGCCGAGUGUUUGCUGCAGCAGGCCGAGCGGCUGGGCUGCCGGCAGUUUGUGACUGCCACUGACAUCGUGACAGGAAACGCCAAGCUGAACCUGGCCUUUGUGGCCACGCUCUUCAACAAACACCCAGCGCUCACCAAACCAGAGAAUCAGGACUGGAUUCUGGAGAGUGAAACAAGAGAAGAGAGGACAUUCAGGAACUGGAUGAAUUCUCUGGGAGUCAGUCCUCAUGUCCACUACAUCUACGGGGAUCUGCUGGAUGCUGUGGUGAUCCUGCAGCUUUAUGAAAAGAUUAAGGUGCCGGUGGACUGGAACAGAGUCAACCAUCCUCCAUUCAAGGGAGUGGGAGGAGGUCAUUUAAAAAAGAUUGAAAACUGUAACUACGCCGUGGAGCUGGGCAAGAAGAAAGCAGGAUUUUCUCUGGUGGGAAUCGGCGGUCAGGACCUGUAUGAUGGAAACACGACGCUCACAUUGGCGUUGGUGUGGCAGCUGAUGAGGAGGUACACGUUAAAUGUGCUGGAGGACCUUGGACAUGGAGCAGUUGCUGGAGAUGAUCUAAUCAUCUCAUGGGUCAACAAGACUUUAGCUGAAGCCGGCAAAAGUUCCUCCAUCAAAAGCUUCAAGGACAAAGCAAUCAGCAGCAGUCUUCCAGUUCUGGACCUGAUCGACGCCAUCCAGCCGCAGAGCGUUAACUAUGACCUUGUGAAAAGAAACGACAUUUCAGACGAAGACAAACUGGACAAUGCCAAGUAUGCCGUCUCCAUGGCCAGGAAGAUUGGGGCCAAAGUGUACGCCCUGCCCGAAGACCUGGUAGAAGUUAACCCUAAGAUGGUGAUGACCAUCUUUGCCUGCCUGAUGGGGAGAGGCAUGAAGAGAGCUUAAAUCAGCAACACACACACACACACACACACACACACACACACACACACACACA